AGAAAGAAUGUUCAUUGGUGCACGGUCGAGGAUGGAACCUACAAUCUCAAGGGCGAAUGCUACACGCUCUAUAUUUAUCGUGAUAUUUGGAUCGUGAUCCAGAAUCACGAUGUGUAGUAUAGGCGUAUCACGUAUCGUGAUACGGAUCGCUGGAUUUCUAGAAAUCUAAAAAUCCACGAUCCGUAUCAAUUAUCGUCGACAAAUAUCGAGCGUCUAGUGUAUGGUCGAUAUUUAUCGCGUCAGUAUUAAUUCAGCCAGCGAUGGAAGAGGACGCGCAUAUUGAGUCGGCGCCCGCCGCACUUCAAACAAACGACCAAAAACACUUAAAAGAAUUUAUACUUGUAUUAGAAACACUACCUGAGAUAUGGGACAGCUCAAAUGCAAACAUAAUUAAUAAAGUGAAAAGGGCGAAUGCGUAUGAGCAGCUGCUUGAAAUUUUUAGGAAAAUUAAACCAGGCGCGACAGCUAAAGACGUGAUUGCCAAGAUCAAUUCAUUAAAAUCGAACUAUAGAAAAGAAUUAAAAAAAAUAACAGAUUCGAAGCGAUCGGGUGCUGCAGCUGAAAAUGUAUACAAUCCAAAGUCUUGGGUAUUUCAUAUGCUGAAAUUUUUGAACAAAAAUGAAAAGCCGAUUGAUAGGAGCGAGUUUUCUGAAUUGGUUAAGUCUGAAAACGAAGAAGAACAAAGUGAGCCUUCAUUUUCUUCUAUGGGUGUACCCGCUCCGCCAUCAAAAAAACUUAAGAAGAAGGGGCCAAUAGCAAGACAGAAUGAUCUUCUCGAAAAAGCCUUUAAUUAUUUGUCGCAAUCAUCGCAUCAAUCUGAAUCUCCAAGUGUAUCAUUCCCAAAUAUAGAUCCUACUGCUGUUUAUUGGGCUCAUAAGCUAAAUAAAUUGAUGCCAACUCAAAGACUGCUCGCCGAAAAGGCAAUCAACGAAAUUCUUUUCGAAGCUGAACUUGGGACACUAAACAGGGACUCAGUACAAAUUAACACUAGCCCUCAAGUAUUUAACCGCUUUGUAUCUCAGACUUCGAAUAGUCAUCCAUCGCCAUCACCAUAACCGAAUAGUGUACCUCAUCCGACGCCGUCACCGAUUUACUCGAAUUCUGUAUCUUUACAAUCACUACAAUCUGUUACAUCUCCGGAAAAUUGUGUUGCAGCCACGCCCCAAACAAAUGAUGUUCCAAGUUUUACUCAUAGCAAUGUAAUCGCUGGCGUGCCUUCUAAUUUGAUCCUUACAAAUACGAACAAUAUACGUAGACACAGUGAGACAAGUUAUACGUUACAAAUUCCGAAUACAUCAAGCACUUCAGAUUUCGAGUAUAAUUUAGGGACGCUAUUCUCUUCUUACCAAGGUGAAUAAGUUCAAAAUUAGUCAUAGGUAUUUUUUUUUAGUUUUUGUGAUUCGUUCCAAUAAAUAAUUAUAAAC